AUGAAGUUCCUCGCUGUCCUCGCCCUAGCAGCUGUCGUCGCCGCCCUUCCAACAGAUGAUUGGAAUGCCUGGGGCAAGUGCGAGACAAAGACUGAAGUACAAUAUGUCACUGUAACCAAAGUGCCAGAGAAAGUUGUCGACUACAAGACUGUCACUGAUUAUAAAACUGUCACCGAUUACAAGACUGUUACCCAAACCAAAGAGGUCGAAAAAUAUGUUACUCAGACACAAACGAAGGAAGUCGAAAAAUAUGUCACCAAGGAAGUGGAAAAGCCCGUCACUAAGGAAGUGACAAAAACAGAAUACAAAACAAGCUAUGUCACUCCAGCUCCCGUUGUAAACGAAAAAACUAUCACAAAGGAAGUGUAUAUCACCAAGGAUUGCGGAUGGAAGAGCUGGUAA